AUGUCUUUGGCCUGUGAAUUUUUGCUCAUAUGGAUGAUAGUGUUGCAAACUUAUUUCCCAUUUUCAGUAGCAUGUUUAGAAGAUGAGAGAAGUUACUUGGUGGAUUUCAAGGCUGGUCUUAAUCUUUCCUCAGGUCGCUCUUUAUCCUCUUGGCGGGGAUUCAACUGUUGCCAGUGGGAGGGGGUUGCCUGUGAUUAUCAUACAUCCCAUGUCAUUCGCCUUGAUUUGAAUGCUGAUGCUUACGGUCAGCAGUUGAGCGGGAACGUUCGUCCAUCGCUGUUUAAUCUGGAGCAUCUACAGCACUUGGAUUUGAGCGGGAAUGACUUUAAAGGUGUUUCUAUUUCUCCCCAGUUGUCAAAGCUGCGGAGAGUUACAUUUCUUAACUUGUCGUCUGCUGGAUUUGGCGGCGAAGUCCCUCUGGAAUUGGGAAAUAUGUCAAGCUUGCAUUUCUUGGAUAUUUCAAAUAAUUUAUACUUGAAUAGUAGUAAGUUUGAUGUCUGGGUAAGAAAUCUAAGAAGCUUGGAAUUCCUCCGAAUGGAAUCAGUGAACCUGGAAAUGGCAUCUGAGCACUGGGGUGAGGCCGUUGGCGGUCUUGUCAAUCUUACGCAUGUUGACCUGUCUGAUUGUGGGCUGUCAGGUAUUAUUCCAGAUCUCUUAAACCUCACCCAUUUAUCACAUCUGCACAUUCCAUAUGGUUCAUUCCCGUUUGAACUUCCCUCUUGGUUUGAGAACGCGUCCUCAUUGGUUUCACUUAAUCUCCUACACUGUGAUAUAAAUGGUGAUAUCCCUUCCAAUUUCAUGGCCCGUUCGAAAUUGAGUAAUCUUGUACUUAAAUAUAAUUUUGACUUGAAAGGAAACCUUUCCUUCAUUCGAAACCACUCUUCCUCUCUUGUUGUGCUUUCUCUUUCUACCUGCAAUUUAAUAGGGGUGAUUCCACCCUCCAUUGCAAAUUUUUCAAAGCUCGAGACCUUGGAUUUCUCCCAUAACAGUUUCGAAGGCAGUUUACCACCCUCUUAUGACAACCUUUUGUCGCUUGUAGCCCUUGACCUUACUAACAACCAGCUUACUAGUCAGAUUCCUCCGUCUCUGUGUCAGCUUCUGGUACUAAGGGAACUCCGGCUUGGCCUUAACCAACUAUCAGGAACAAUUCCUGAUUGCAUUUAUAAGAUGUCUAGUUUAAAAGCAUUGACAGUUCCUUUCAACGGAUUAAGAGGCAACAUUUCACUUCAGCUACUUGAGAAUCUAACUCGCCUUCAAGAGCUAGACCUUUCUCAAAAUCAAUUUCUCAUUGAUGUCUCUACAAGCUGGGUUCCUCAGUUUUCCCACCUGGAGUUCCUUGGAUUGAGGUCUUGCAAUAUAGAAGGCGAAUUACCUGCAUUUUUGUCCCAGCAAUAUCUACUGAUGGAGCUAGAUCUGUCAAAUAACAACAUUGUGGGAAAUCUUCCUUCGUGGCUGUGGGAUUUGCCUUAUCUUCUUCUGCUCAAUCUUUCAAACAACCAAUUUGAAGGUUCUCUACCCGGCAAGAUAUCCCAUAAGUUUUGGGGGGUGGAUUUGCGUGGGAAUAGAUUUUAUGGCUCCCUUCCUGCACUUGAUUUUGUUACAACUUUACUGGAUUUAUCUGAUAAUGAGUUUAAUGGAUCUAUUCCAGCAACAAUUGGGACAUCAACUUUUAUAUCAUUGUCAAGAAAUAAUCUCACUGGAGAAAUUCCAAAUUUUAUAUUUUCUGGUUCAGAUUAUUUGGUGAAUUUGGACUUGUCAAAGAACAAGCUAACAGGUAUAAUUCCUGCAAACUUUGGGACAUAUUCUCAAUUACAAGUUUUAAAAUUAGCUCAGAAUGCUUUGCAAGGGGAGAUUCCAGAGGAGUUGGGAAGUUUGCAGACCCUUCGUGCACUAAAUCUCAAUGGUAAUAGAUUGCAAGGUAUUAUUCCUUCAUCCAUCGCAAAAUGCACAAGUCUCAGAUUAUUUGAUUUGGGAAACAACAAAUUUGAAGGUAGUAUUCCUAUUUGGAUUGAAGAGCUGAUAGAUUUAAGAAUUCUCAACUUAGCUUCUAAUAAGUUUAAAGAUAGAAUUCCACCCCAGCUGAUGACACUGCAGAAUCUUCAAAUUCUCGAUUUAUCUGAUAACAAUUUAUCAGAAAGCAUUCCUCAAAAUCUAAGCAAGUUAUCUGCUAUGGUCGAUCAAUCUCAAAGCAUUGAUGGACGGCAAACCUUUUCUUAUUCAUAUGGAUUAUAUCUCUUCAAGGACUCUCUUUCUGAAUCAAAAGUUGAUGAUGAAAUAACCAUUUGGAUAAAAGGAAGGUCAACACCAUACACAAAGAUAAUCAGCGCAGACAAGUUCAUGGAUCUAUCUCGUAAUAACCUAUCAGGCAAUAUUCCUCUAGAAAUGGGACUCCUAAAGGGUUUGAUUUCUCUAAACAUAUCAAAAAAUAAUUUGAGCGGCUCAAUCCCAAAGUCCUUAGGAGACAUGGAUCAAUUGGAGUCUCUAGAUUUUUCAGAAAACAAGUUGUCCGGAGAGAUUCCCUCCCAACUCUUAAAUCUCACAUUUCUUGAAGUGUUCAAUCUUUCAGACAAUAUGCUUUCUGGGUUGAUACCACAAGGGAAGCAGUUUUCAACCUUUGAGGCUUCUUCAUUUUUAGGGAAUCCCAAUCUUCAUGGACCUCCCCUUGAAAAUAAGACACGCAGUCUUGGUUAUGGUAGCAAAGAUAAUAACAAAGAAUUGAAUGGUACAAUUGUUCAAGAUGCAAAUGCAUAUGUAAUGGAGCAAUGGUGGGCAACAGGACUAGGGUUAAGCUACGGAAUGGGAUUUGCUAUUGGAGGAACGACGCGAAGGGAACCGAAGGGGGAGGCUCGGCGAAACCCUUACCGUAAUUCUAUUUACAUUCCAUUACCACCACGCAGGGGGGGGGGUUCUGCAGGAGAGGAAGUGGAGGCGGGUGCACGCAGCGCGCGGGCGCCGCUGCCGCGGAUGACACCGCUGCAGGCUACGGUUCCUGCAGUCUGCGGCGUCGCCGCCCGCAGGGUGCGGCCCGCCCAUCCCCGGGAGCUGCGGCCCGCACAACCCUAG